UCACCGGAAUACCCAUUUACUACCAUCAUCGUCCUAAAAAACUGUCCUCUUCUCCCGCUUCAUAAUUUCUGCAGCUUUACUUCUUAACGGAAUCGACGCUUUUUUUUUUCUUUUAUCAGGAAAAUUUCCACUCCACCGCCGGAAAAUGAAGACUCUGGCCGUCGAUCAUUAUCUGGAUUGCCUGAGCGCUGAUGAUACUGAUGCAUUCUUGGCCGCUUUUUUCGAUUUAUUUUCAAGCCCUAAGCAAAAGCGAGAUUAUGUUUAACUUGCCAGAGCUUCGAAGCUAUUCCUUGCUUUGUCUCUCAGAUGGCUUGCAAAUUACUAGUAUUACCUAGCAUUAGUAGUAUAUUAUUGACCGUAAUCGGCAAAAUGAAGAAUUUGGUGAUCCGACGACGAUAUACUGCCCACAAGUCAUCGAUUUCUAGCCUUUGUAAUAUGCACUGCAUAUUUCUCCCUGAUCGGUGCCUUUUUUUGUAACUCUUAGAUAAUAGUACAGGAAAAGGGUUUUUGUAUCUGUAAAAUUUUUUAGUACAAGUGGAGAUGAUCAAAAUUUUUGAAGUCAUCAUCGUUGACUAGUAAACAUUUAAGAAAGCGUAGAAAAUAUAGGCGGGGAAGUUUUCAUUCCCUGUUUUGUUAACUGGAUCACAAGAGACGUGCCAUUUCCCAUGAAGAUUCAACCAAUUGAUUUCACCUCACCCGAAGGAUCAUCAGCUCCUCGAUAUGAGCCGGUGAAGCCGGUAAUCAAGUCUCGGUUCAAGCGGCUUUUCGAGCGGCAGUUCUCGAGUGUCUUGAAGAUAUCGGCUCCGGAGAAGUCAACAGGAACCAUCGCCGGUGGAGGAGAGUCACAUUUUGGGAGGGAAAAUUGCGAUGACUUCGAGCUGAGUUCUGUUUGCUUGGAUAAGAUGGUGGAGAAUUUCAUCUACGAGAGCGGUGACAAUAAGCAGAGGUGUGGCCGGCAGCGGUGCAAGUGCUUGAGGGGGAACGGUACGGACAGCUCAGACGAUGAAGCCGACUCAGUCAAUUGCUUCGGUGAAUCAAACCAUACCAGUUGCCCCGAUGCAUGUGAUUCCCUCAAGAGUUUGGUACCAUGUGCUUGUGUUUCUGAGAGAAACCUAUUGGCUGACAUUGCGAAAAUCGUUGAAAAGAACAAAAUUGGCAAGCGCAAGGACCAUUUUUGCAGAAAAAUUGUGACUGAUGAUCUUUUAACCCUCGGCUAUGAUGCUUCAAUCUGCGAGUCUCGCUGGGAAAAAUCCUCCUCUUUCCCAGCUGGGGAAUAUGAAUACGUCGAUGUUUUGUUUGAAGGCGAUAGGCUGAUAAUUGACAUCGAUUUCAGAUCAGAAUUUGAGAUUGCAAGGUCCACUAAAGCCUACAAAUUGAUCCUACAGGUCUUGCCGAUUAUAUUCGUCGGCAAAGCUGAUCGUCUUCAGAGGAUUGUGAGCAUUGUCUCUGAGGCAGCAAAGCAAAGCUUGAAGAAGAAAGGCAUGCCCUGUCCCCCGUGGCGAAAAGCUGAAUAUGUCAUGGCCAAAUGGCUCUCUCCUUACACCAGAGCUACACCGAAAUUAACUCCAAUGCCAUCAGCAAUGGAUUCCCAUGAGAGGGAUGUGAAAGUUGAAAAGGAAGAUCCUUUAAAUCUAAAGGAGGGCUCUGGAAGAGAGUUUGAGCUGACGAUCGGAGAGAAAAUCUCUCGAGUUGAGACAAAUGAUUGUGCUGGUGAAAAUGAAGAGAAGUCUCUGAUGGUGGCAAAGCAAUGGAAGCCCCCGGAGACUAAGCCAAAGAGUUCACAGAUUGGUGUCAAGAUCCUCGCUGGUUUAGCUUCUGUCAUUGAAGGCUAGACUUGAAGUUUUGAUAUUUUUAAUUUUUGGAUUUUCUUCUUUUUCUCAUUUUGGUUUGAUCAUCGAAGGACCAAGGCUGAAUGAUUCCCUUCUGUUUUUAUUGCAAGGGCAUGGAUAGGUAAUAUACAGAAAUAACAUGAUGCUAGAAAAUUAGAAAUAGAGAAUAACAGCUUAUAUGGUAGCUUGUACUUCGUCCUGGAUGAGAACCCCACAUAUCUCAUAGUACUACUAUAUCCAGUUUGGCCUUGGAUUUGACUUGUUCAUCGUCAUCAUUUUGCUAAUAUUAAAGUCCCAACUCAAUUUGUGGUGCAAAA